GCCCCGCCGGCGCCGCCAUCUUGCCGUAGUCCUGCCUCUCCGUCCGCCGCCAUCUUGCCCCGCCCCCCUCCGUACACCGCCCCGCCGUGCGCCGCCAUCUUGCCCUGCUUCUCACUCCUCCGUACGUGGCACGGGCGCCGCCAUCUUGCCUGUCGGCGGGCGGGGUUCGCCGUAAACCGGAGAGGGGCUCGGCCGGUGCCCGGUGCGCGAUGCGGGCGGGCGGGGAGGCGCCGCACCAGGUGCUGGGCCGGCUGCGGUUCCUGCUGCAGUGCAGCGAGUGCUUCCGCUGCGCCCGGGCGCUGCCCGCCGCGCUCUGCUACGUGCCCAAGGAGGUGCAGUACAAGAUCUGCAAAGACCCCGCGGCCGCCGCCGCCGCCGCCGCCCGCAGCCUCCUGAGCGUGUGGGACAGCCCGGGGCCGGCGCGGGGCGGGAAGCGGGCGGCGCGGGCCACCAUCGAGGUGCGGAAGGGCGGCUGCCUCCGCGCCACCGGCGAGGAGUACUGCAACGGCGCCGGGCUCUGGGUCAAGCUCAGCAAGGAGCAGCUGGAGGAGUACCGGAGCGGCUGCGAUCUAGAGGAGGGCUGGGUGCUAGUGUGCAAACACGCCGACGGCGGGGACCGGCUGGUGCCCGUGGAGUCCACGGAGCGGAUCCAGCGGCAGCAGCAGCUUUUCGGGGUUGACUACAAACCCGUCAUCAGAUGGGAGCAGGUGGUGGAUCUGACAUACUCCCUGCGCCUCGGAGCAAAGCCCAGGCCCAUGGAGCAGGAUGAGGCUGCAGUAGAGAAGCUUCGGUUUGUGCCCCCAACUUGGACUUAUGAAUGUGAUGAAGACCUAGUGCAUUUCCUGUAUGACCACAUUGGGAAGGAAGAUGAGAACUUGGGCAGCGUUAAGCAGUACGUGGACAGCAUCGAUGUCUCGUCCUACACGGAGGACUUCAAUGUGUCAUGCCUGACCGACAGCCGUGCUGACACGUACUGGGAGAGUGAUGGGUCCCAGGGCCAGCACUGGGUGCGGCUCAACAUGAAGAAAGGCACCAUUGUCAAGAAGCUGCUGCUGACAGUGGAUUCCAAUGAUGAGAACUUCACACCCCAGCGGGUUGCUGUGUAUGGGGGCGAGGGGGACAAUCUGAAGAAACUGAACGACGUCUGCAUUGAGGACAGCUACAUUGGGGAUGUGUGCAUCCUUGAGGACAUGACAACACACCUGCCUGUCAUCGAGAUCCGGAUUGUGGAGUGCCGAGAUGAUGGGAUUGACGUUCGUAUCCGAGGCAUCAAAAUCAAAUCCUCCCGACAGAGGGACUUGGGGCUCAGUGCUGACAUGUUCCAGCUGCCCAAUUUGGUGCGCUACCCUCGCCUAGAAGGGACUGACCCUGACCUGCUGUACCGCCGGGCCGUGCUUAUUCAAAGGUUCAUCAAGCUCCUGGACAGUGUCCUACAUCACUUGGUGCCAGCCUGGGACCACACUGUUGGCACGUUCAGCAAACUCAAGCACAUCAAGCAGUUCCUGCUGCUGUCCAAGAAGCGCACGGCCCUCAUUACCCAGUGCCUGAAGGACUCGGAGACCAGCAAGCCCAAUUUCAUGCCGCGGCUCUACAUUAACCGACGCCUGGCUAUGGAGCACCGAGAUAACCCUGCCCUGGACCCCAGCUGCAAGAACGCUGUCUUCACCCAGGUAUAUGAAGGCCUGAAACCCUCAGACAAGUUUGAAAAGCCUCUAGAUUAUAGGUGGCCGUUGCGUUACGACCAGUGGUGGGAGUGCAAGUUCAUCGCAGAGGGCAUCAUCGACCAAGGUGGCGGUUUUCGGGACAGCCUGGCGGACAUGUCGGAGGAGCUGUGCCCCAGCUCAGCAGAGACCCCUGUGCCUUUGCCCUUCUUUGUGCGCACGUCCAACCAGGGUAACGGCACUGGAGAAGCCAGGGACAUGUAUGUCCCCAACCCAUCCUGUAAAGACUUCCCAAAGUAUGAGUGGAUUGGGCAGAUCAUGGGAGCAGCUCUGAGGGGCAAGGAGUUUCUGGUCCUGGCUCUUCCUGGCUUCGUAUGGAAACAGUUAACAGGGGAGGAGGUCAGCUGGAGCAAAGACUUCCCUGCUGUGGACUCUAUGUUGGUGAAGCUCCUGGAGAUGAUGGAAGUCAUGGACAAAGACACCUUUGAGUUCAAAUUUGGGAGCGAGCUGACCUACACAACAGUGCUGAGCGACCAGCGCGUGGUGGAGCUGAUCCCCAACGGCAGCAACACCGUGGUGCGCUACGAGGACCGCAAGGAGUUCAUCCGCCUGGUGCAGAAGGCUCGGCUGGAGGAGAGCAAGGAGCAGAUCAUGGCCAUGCAGGCUGGGCUGCUGAAGGUGGUGCCCCAAGCUGUUCUUGACCUCCUUACAUGGCAGGAACUGGAAAAAAAGGUCUGUGGAGACCCUGAAGUCACAGUUGAUGCCCUGAAGAAACUCACCCGGUUUGAGGACUUUGAGCCACAGGACACCCGUGUUCAGUACUUCUGGGAAGCACUCAACAACUUCACUAACGAGGAUCGCAGCCGCUUCCUUAGAUUUGUCACUGGCAGAAGCCGCCUUCCAGCACGGAUCUACAUCUAUCCAGACAAGAUGGGCUCUGAGACGACAGAUGCUUUGCCGGAGUCAUCCACCUGCUCCAGCACUCUCUUCUUGCCCAACUAUCCCACAGCCAAGGUGUGUGAAGAGAAGUUGCGCUAUGCUGCCUAUAACUGUGUGGCCAUUGACACAGAUGUGAGUCCGUGGGAAGAGUGAUGUUGCAGCCUGACCAAGCAGCAUGGACAGUCAUUCAAGAAAACCAUGCAGUGGGAAGAGCUCCCUUGUUUUUCCGGGAUGUGUAUAUAUAAUAAACAUAUAGGUGAAGCCUGGCUCCCAGAGUGGAUAUGGAGGUUGGGUCUUCACCAGGGUGGGAGCUAGCUUGGAGUGUAAAUAUGAUUGUAAUAAUGAAAUCCUGGCCCAGCUCUCAGGCAUCAGGAAGGUCUGGUAGGCUUUUGUAGUGAGUUUCUUCUCCACAUGUCCCUGUUGUAGCUCUGUAAAGCUCGCUCCACCCAGGCUGCACUCUGCUGCAGACAGAAGUGGGACAGGGACAUGAAGCUGCACAGCACAGAGAACUCUGAGCUGCUGCUGAGACCGGGGGAGGCUCAGAGAUGCUCAGUGUGUCUUGACCACAUUCCCUUGCCUUGUUCCUGCCCUCGCCUUAGGCUAAUGGAAAUGAGAUCAUUCAUCUAGGAUUCAGAAGAAAAGGGGUGGGCUGGUGGCAGGUGCUGCAGGGGUGCCUUUGGCCACCAGGUGUCAUGACAGACCUGCACAGCAGGACUGUGGGUGCUUUGGAAUGGACUCCCAUGCUGUUACAUCGCACAAAAUCCAAGUUCUGUGACCACCCGUGGUUCCUUGCACCCCUUGCACAGCAGUGACUGCUGGGGGAGCUGCUCCCCCACAGGAGGUGGAAACUGUCUAUUUGCUUUUUCCUCCGUAACUUUCAGUUCUGCAUCCAGCAUGCUGGUGGCUUGGCAGCUGUUCUCCCAGGCUCUUUGAGCCUUGAUUUUCCCCUAAAAGCCAGUAUUAACACUAAUCUAUUUGAGUUCUCAUGGAGCUGUGCAGGGAGGGCCAAGCUCUCCUCACAGGCAGCAGGGAUUAGAGGCAGGCAUGGCAGUACCAGGCUCUGCUCUUUGCUGAGGGAAGGGAGGUGUAUGUUUCAGGUGAACAGGGAAAGCCUUUGCCCCAGGGCAGUGGAGAAACUCUGGGUGUCAAGAAUUGGAGCUCCUUGAGCAGAUGGGCAUGCAGUGCGUGAGUGAGGAGUGGGCAAUGAAACCUUUACAGCUUCAAGACCAUUGGGAAUACUCCUUGAUAUUCCCAGCCCUGGGCAGGGCUGCUCAUUGCCUAGCACUGUGAGCUACCAAUUGUUAGUCCACGUUUAUACCUCCAACUCCAUCCUCAGCCUGUGUGGUCUGUUGGACCACCACUAAGAGCCACAGAGUCACUGAGGCUGCACUGGAGUGGGGCUGAUGCUGUGAGUUAAGAUUAUUCCUGUGUUUAAUGCUUCAUGGCUUUUUCUCAUCUUUUGAGGGAGUCUGUCAACCAGAAAUCACUUCCAGUUGUAAACAUAGUCCUUCCCUUCACCAGUUUCCUUUGAAAUUGCUGUAGUCCCAGAUCUGCUGAUGGGGGUUGUGCUAAAAGGGAUGUAGGAGCAGGAGGGAGCAUGUGCUGCCACCUCCCACAUCGUGGUGACUGGAGGGAGCACAGGGUGAAUGGGGAAGCUGUUUCUGGCAGUCCUUGCCUGCAGCAGGGCCUUCCAUGCUCAGCUGGGUGGGUGUGAAGUCCUGUCUGCCACAGGAGUUUUUUAUAAGUCCUAGACUCAUCUCAGAAUUGAUAUCUCUGGCUUUGUGGCUGAUUCCAACCACCAGCAUGGACGGGAGCAAAGCCAGUGCAGUACCUUUCCGUGGUGGUGGCUGAGUCCCUUCCUGGAGUGUCUGUUUUAAAUGGGCGUGAGCAAGCUGGUGAAAGGACUUUGAUCUGCUGGCUUGGCCUCAGUCAGGAGUGUUGGGGAAGGAGCCUGAAGCAGCAGGGGUUUGAAAUGAGCCAUCCUAGAUCUGAAAGGGACUGACAUUUGGGUGGAAUCAAUCCUGCUUUUUCCAACCUUGCCCACUUGUCUCUUAGGCAGAUCAGCAGGCAGUCACAUUAUUUACUGAGCAGAACUAGAAGCAGCAAUAAAAAUUGAUUCCUCUCUGGUGCUUUAUUGCUGGGCAGGGUAGGGUUGUUUGAUAAGUGGCUCAGGGCAGGAUGGAUAAGGCCCUAGUCUUUGGUGAAGGGUGAGCUGACGUCACCUGUAGAAAUGGGCAGGUUAGGAUCCAGCUAGGGCUGCUUGGGAUGACCAGCUGUUGGCAAGCAGGCACCUCUGGCUCUGCUGCCCUUGGAAGCAGCUGCAGCUGAUGGAGGGUAACUGAGGUAAUUAUGGAGAUGUACCCUGACCUCUUAUUUCCUGCUACCAAGAAGAGUGCUGCCCAAUGGCUUACUGGAGCUCUGGGGAAAGAAUUUAGCUGGUGACAGGGAUUUCUGUUUAAAAAAUACUUGGUAGUAACAGGACCCUGGCCCUAGCAGAAAGGGGAUCACCCAGGAUGGUCUGGGUUUAACCCCUACAAACAUACUGAGAAAAAUGGCACUGGCUGUACCGGGCUGAGGAGACCUGUGAAAGCCCUUCUAGUAGGAGGAAGAGCCGAUCACAUCACUGAGGUCUCGGGUGAGAUCGUUUUGUGCACAGUCAGAGAGUCUGGACAAACGUGGCUGCUGAGGAAGGACGACGCCAGGAUAACCCACAGAUCACGCUGUUGAGUUUGCUGUGCAAAGGUGAGCUGAGAAGGGGGAGCUGGGAAGUGGCCUGAAUCUCCUCUGCAUGGUCCUCUCUCAUCUGUGGUGUUUUAAAGUCAGUCGCAAAUUGAAUUUCUGCUGUGACAGCCCAGUGAAUUGUGGAAAAGGUCAGCCUGACUCAACUCUGGCCAAUCUCAGGGGCCCAAGGUAGGUGUUAUUUCAGUGCUGGGUCACAUUUUUUCUCUGAUCUCUAAAGGUGUGGGUAGGAACUGUCUCCUACCAUGUUUGGCAAGACACAAGUCAAAUGCCAAUGCCCUUGACUCCUUCUGGAUGUGGCCAGGGUGAGGGAGCCCUCCUGGGCGCCAGGAACCAGAGGCUGUGCAUCUUCACCCCAUCAACCAGUCUGAAGUUCGUGAAGAUCAAUUUUCAAGCCAAUGCCAUCCUGAGAAAGGUGCCAGUGCCCCUGUGCUGCUGAGGAGUAUCUGUGUGCCAGAGCUGCAGCUCUACAGAGUGGGCAGGGAUGAGCUGGAGGAGGAACUGAUGCCAUCAGGAUUGUCACAGAAUAGUUUCAGGUGAUUAAUAACGCUCAUGUAGUCUAGCUGUUCUUGUUAUUCCACUAAUACCCUGGAGUAUGACAAACUGUAAGUAGUUUGACAGGUUCUGUCUGUCCCUACCUCAUGUAGGAUCUAAAAUAAAAUGAACAAACUAAU